GCGCACGGGCGGCCCGCGGCCCGCCGGGCCCCGGCGCUGCGGUGUCGGCGGGUGCGGGUCCCGGUGCCCGGCCCCGCCCCGGCCCCGCCCCGCGCCGCCGCCGUUGUCCGCCCAAACCCCGCCCGUUCCGGCGCAGCUCCCGCCCCCCCGCGCCGCCGCCAGUCGCAGCCCGGCCCGGCGGUAAGAUGGCGGCGGUGGCCGAGUGCGAUGUGAUCAUGGCGGCGCCCGAGGGACCCGGCGAGCCCGAGAGCGAGGAGGAGACGCGCAGAGAAGCAGAGUCAUUCAAGGAACAAGGAAACGCGUACUACGCCAAGAAGGAUUACAACGAAGCAUACAACUAUUACACGAAAGCCAUAGAUACCUGUCCUAAUAAUGCCAGUUAUUAUGGUAACAGAGCUGCCACACUCAUGAUGUUGGGGCGAUUCCGAGAAGCACUGGGAGACGCUCAGCAGUCUGUCAGACUGGAUGAUAGCUUUGUAAGGGGCCAUCUACGGGAAGGGAAGUGCCAUCUCUCCCUAGGGAAUGCCAUGGCUGCUAGCCGCUGCUUUCAACGAGUUUUAGAACUGGAUCAUAAGAAUACCCAGGCACAGCAGGAGCUGAAGAACGCCACUACUGUGCUGGAGUAUGAGAAAAUAGCUGAGGUGGAUUUUGAGAAACGGGAUUUCAGGAAGGUUGUGUUUUGCAUGGAUCGUGCUUUGGAGUUUGCUCCUGCUUGUCACCGGUUCAAAAUCCUCAAGGCUGAGUGUUUAGCGUUACUGGGUCGCUACCCAGAGGCACAGUCUGUAGCAAGUGACAUCUUACGGAUGGACUCGACAAACGCGGACGCUCUCUAUGUGCGGGGCCUGUGCCUGUAUUAUGAGGACUGUAUUGAGAAGGCAGUGCAGUUCUUUGUCCAGGCCCUCCGAAUGGCUCCUGACCACGAGAAAGCGUGUCUUGCCUGCCGUAAUGCCAAAGCACUUAAAGCGAAGAAAGAAGAUGGGAAUAAAGCAUUCAAAGAUGGCAACUACAAACUAGCAUAUGAACUGUACACAGAGGCACUAGGAAUAGAUCCCAAUAAUAUAAAAACAAAUGCCAAACUGUACUGCAACCGGGGGACGGUUAAUUCAAAGCUUAGGAAACUUGAAGAAGCAAUAGAUGACUGCACGAAUGCAGUGAAACUGGAUGACACGUAUAUCAAAGCAUACUUGAGGAGAGCACAAUGUUACAUGGACACAGAACAAUACGAAGAUGCUGUAAGAGACUAUGAAAAGGUUUAUCAGACAGAAAAAACAAAAGAACACAAACAGCUUCUAAAGAACGCCCAGGUGGAACUGAAGAAGAGCAAACGGAAAGACUACUACAAAAUCCUUGGGGUGGACAAAAAUGCCUCUGAAGAUGAGAUCAAGAAGGCUUACAGGAAACGAGCACUAAUGCAUCAUCCAGACCGACACAGUGGGGCGAGUGCAGAAGUACAGAAGGAAGAGGAGAAGAAGUUUAAGGAGGUUGGAGAAGCCUUUACCAUCCUGUCAGAUCCCAAGAAGAAGGCUCGCUAUGACAGCGGCCAGGAUCUAGAAGAGGAUGGAUUGAACAUGGGAGACUUUGAUGCAAAUAACAUCUUCAAGGCCUUCUUUGGUGGGCCAGGUGGCUUCAGUUUUGAAGCUUCUGGGCCUGGAAAUUUCUUUUUCCAAUUUGGCUAAAAAAAAAACAAACCCCAAACCAAACCACACAUACCUGAUCUGCUUAUUUUAACCUUGAACACGGACAUACUUAGACUCCUUCCUUCAUCAUGUCUCAUUGUACUUAGAGCAGUUUCAUUUUCUCGGUUGGAGACCUCUGUUUUGUGUGCUUUCGUGUGAAGAGGAAACCAGCUCGGGGAGGGGAAGGCUUGUGAAUUUUGUUUUACUGUUAACUUUAUUAAAAAAAAGAAAGAAAAAUAAAGCUUUGAAUCUGUUGGUCCCUCCACGCUGGCCCGUACUUUUGGACUGUUCCUGCUCCUCAGGAGCAGAGGAUUUCCUUGAAGUCCUCCUGGAAUCUCAACUUGUAAGAGGGUGAAGAAAUCUCCUGUUUCAUUUCGGUUGGCUCUGAAGUGCAGGAUGGCAGCAUGGCCAGGGGCUGUAGUAACUUGUAAGUUAUCUUAAUCUCCUGAAAAUAUCACCAAGAUUCAAUCACAUUUCAUACAAUCGCGGUUUACCUGUCCUUUCUCUUUGUUUUUUGGGGGUUGUUUUUGCCAUGGUUCUAUCAGAACGCUACACUUGGGCAUUAACUGAAGUGCUAACGUGUGAGCUUUAUGAUUUUGUGUAUCAGAGAAAUGCUUCUUUGGAUUUAAAAGAGCAGCUUAUGUGAGAAUUGCCUGUGAUGCAGCUAGAAUUAAGGGCUGUGUGUUUCCACUCUCAAGAAUUGUCCUGUUCAAGGGAAUAUUGAAUUUGCUCUGGGCUGAAUUUCUUUGUACUUUUUAGUUUUAAUUAAUCCACUUGAACGUUUGAUAUUUGUGCUAAAACUUGAUUUUUGUUGAGCUUGACGUUUGAUUUCGUGUUACUGAUCCGUCACGUGGAUGAGCUGCUUGUAGCUCUGCUGAAAUGCGAAGUCACAUUCAGGUUCCUGAUUGCAGGCGGUUACCACGUGCGUGCAGCAGUGUGCUCUCCUCAUGUUUACAGGAACGGUACAAAUACCUUCAACCAGUCGAGUAGUUUUCAACUAGGAGUAAUUUACUAGUCCAAAGAAGCAAGAAAAUGCAGAGUCAGCCUCUGGGCUGACAGGCUGCUGCUUGCUUCUCUCGCACAACGUCGGGACAGGGCAGGAGCCGCGCGGCUGCUCCGCCUGAGCUGGGCAUGGGGUUGGUUUGGUGGUGCUGCCAGUGAAGCGAACACUGGUUUAUUCCCUGCUGUAGAUGUUACAGUGGGAUCAGCCAGGAGAGGACUCUGCUUGCAGAAGUCUUCCCUUUCCUUUAGCACAUGAAGAGCCCUUCUGGGUUGGUGCUUUGCUCAAGCAUAGCGUUGGCUGCAGGGUGGUUCUGGAGCGCAGGGCUGUGGCUGGCCAAGCUCUGGGCUGGCUUGCUCAGGGUUUGAGAGGAGAAAUGUGUUGACAACAGCAUUGAGAAGGGCCGAGUAUCAGCAGAGUUGUUGUAUCUGGAGCGCUUGAACCAACGCGUGGUAGCAUGUGGAGGGUGGCAUUUUGUGUGGCUGAGAAAAGGGGUGUUCACACAGAUCCCUGCGAGAGAAACCUGACCCUGGCUUUUGUAGAAUACCUGAUUUCACUUCUUACUGCAGGAACAACAAUUGCAAUGAGUUCAUUGCAUGAAACGAUCACUUCGAAUGCUGACAUCUUUGUCUUCCUCUUGAGGGCUGCACUCCUCCUAGUCGGUGGCAGUUGCUAGGCUGCAGUGCAAGUUCUCUUCACUUCCAACAGUGGCAAUAGUGUCGUGGUGCUGCCGCCGCGUCCUGCGGUCCUGUGGUUGUGUUUGGUCAGAACUAUUGACAAUCUGCUUUCAUAGAGGGAAGAUUUAAGGGCUUAAAUUCUAGUACUGCAGAAUAAAGAAAGUAUUUUCUAACUCACUCAAAAGUCAGCUUUUAAAAUAGCUGAUGUUAAUGUAGUGUUUCCAAAACCAGACUCUACAAUGUCUCUUGUAACUUCCUUCACACCCAGUGUAAGGUGAUGGACUGAUCCGGAUUGCACUGAGAGCAAAAUAAGGUCCUGGCAUCUCAGACUCUGAAAGGGUAAAUAUCUGGGGAACUGAAAUACUGGUCUAUGCAUAUUGAUACUUCUCCAGUCCUCAUGGCACUUGUCACUCAGAGUUUAUGGGUCUUAUUUUAGUGGCAGUCUGGGUUCGUCAUGUCUUGUCCUGUGUGUAUCGAUAUUACUGUACAGUUGGGGCUUUUCUCAGUCUUUUCUCACCAUGCAGAGAUGUGUCCUGCGUUUGUCAGUGGGUUUUAUUCUUAUCCCCCCUUCCCUGGUGACGACAGGCUUCCUCCUUCCCUCCCAACGCUGACUGAGGCCGUUCCUUGGAGGACCGGAGUGGAAUGGUUUUCCUUCUGAGGGAGAAAACGUAUACAGCAGAUGUUUAUAACUGUACAUGAAUGCAUGAUUUAAUGUAGUUAAAUAUUAAUAUGGUGAGUGCCAAGACUUUUCUAAGGAGCAUUACUACGUGAUUCACAGUGAAGGUGUUCAGUGCCUCUGUUGCCUCGGGACGGUGGCGGCGGCGCCUGGAGGUGUCAGUGCAGUGGCUUUGGAGCCGCUGCCGUGUCUAAGCCUGGCUGGGACACACGGGGCUGUCAGGAAAAGCUGUUGCCUUUCACACUUGGGAGUUCCAGACGUUGUUCAUGGGUUGUAUUUUGUACAUGGCCACAGGGAACCUUCGUGCUGUUGUUUUGGCUGCUGUUGCUGCUGCUUGCAACCUGCCUGGCUUCCGUCGGUGCGGUAGGAGCUACCAGACACAGGAGUUUGCCACAAAGAUAAUUGAACAAGUAUCUUUUAAAGUGAUUUACUGCCUGUGCUGCUUCUAGAGUGAUAAAGAGCUCAUGAUGAUGGGGGUAGGAGGCGGUUGCUGUAGGUGAAACCCUUGAAGCACAAGUGCAGUGGGAUGCAUUUAGAAGCGCUGUUCCUUUUGGGAUGACGAGAACGUAGCCAGUGGAAGAAACCAAUGGCAAAGCCCUUCCUUUUAGUGGGAAGGGUUUUCUUGUAAGUAUUGAAAGGUUUAGUUUUUGGUGUAAUGGCAGAGCCUUAAUACUUAGCCCUGAAACAUACCUAAACUGUUCCCUGUGCCUGGUGAGCAGCCCGGAACACCGACACCGGGCGGCUUUUGCUGCAUGUUGGCCCUUCGGCCACCAGCUCCUGCCCGGUGCCAGAGCCCAGGUAGCUGUAAACUGCAGGAGAAUGUGUGUGUGAGAAGCAUGGCUCUUGGCAGACCAAGUGUGAAGGAAGGAGGCUCCGUUGUUGUGACUCUCUAGCGUUUAGCAGGAGACAAGGAGCUGUUGGGCUCUUGCGCUUUCCCUCUGACGGUGUUUUGCCUGAUCAUGGUGCUCGUGGUGCCUGAGCUGCUGUAGGGGUAGUUUCAAAGAGUGAAAUGCAGUUGCAUUCAAAGAAAGAUGGAAGUGAUUUCUUGCUUUGAACAUGAAAACGUGCAUCAGUGUGGGAGAUACAUGCACGUUCAAUGGUCAGACCUCUAGACCACGAGGCCUGGUGUGGUUUUCCUUGUGUGGAUUUACAAAUCUGAUGCUGUGUUCAGCAUCUCUCAGAAUGUUGAGAGUCCUGUCCAGAUACACUGAAUCUGGACUUGAAUCAGCUCUAAUGACUGUUGAGAUGCUUCUGGCUGCCCACUUGAACAGGGUCUUUGUGGUUUCGACCACAUAUGCUACGUAGGAAAGUCCAUGGGAUUGUCCGUGAGCUUUGAGGUGUUGCUCUAAAGCUGGAUCCGCAGUGUCCAGCUGCUUUCUAAAUGCAAGUUAAAAGGCAAGAGAAAGGAUAAAGAAUGUUUAAGGACAACAGUGGUAUUAUCCAUGGGCUAUUGCAAGUCCCUUGGCUUUCUGUAUCUGACAGGGAUACAGAGGGAAGCUGCUGUGCUCUGGUUUCAUUUCCAAUGUGGAAACAGGCUCAGCCCUGCAGGAGGCUGAGCGCAGCCCGAUCCGAAUGACCAAAGCAUGGACCACACCGUGGUUGGCUCUGCUUUCAAGAUUCCUUCCUCCGUGUCAGUAAGAUAGUCACUUACCUUCAAGUGGAUGGUUUCCAUCCCGUUUAAAUUUGUGCCUUGUACCCUCCCCACCCCUUCCCUAGGGAAAAGGGCAGCUCCGGUGUCUCGCCCGCCCAGGCCCCCGGGAGCAGCGCUGGGGUCCAUUGUGGCUGCUGCAGCCCUUCUGUGGCCCCCUGUUCUCCUGGAGGCUGCUCACGUGCAGCGGGCCCUGGGUGCUGGAGCCAUCCCCGUGUUCCCUGUGUGCGGGGCUGCAGGACCCGCGCUCCGCUUGGGAAGAUGCCGUGGACCGCUUUGGCCUCAUGGCCGUGCCCCUGCGGAGUCGGGGACAGGAUUAUCCUUUCCCCUUUGAGUAGCGCGAGGCAAGGCUUCACUCUGGUGUAGAUCCGAGCUCUGAAGGGCCGCUCUGGUGCAGCAUGUCAGGGGCAGGGAGCACCCGCACUGCGGCGGGACCGAGCACGAGCCGGGGCAGCAGCUCGGGCGCAUCCUGCACCCGCUUUCACCCCACAGCUCAGGCACCAGAGGAGGAGGACGCGAAGCACCGUUGGAGGGCUGGAGUGCGGGCCAGCGAGCGAGCACCUCACUGCAUGCGUAUCCGCUUUGUUGUAACGGCUUAAGGACUAGUCAGGACAAAAGCAGACACCGAUGCGAAGCCACCUUGGAGAGGACGCUGGACCCUGCUGCAGUAUUUAUCUGACCCGAAAUUCUGAAUGUUUACCUCAGUGUAAAUACCUUCACCUUUCCCACGGGAGGAAAGGGAGUAUUGCAUGGAGCAACCGCUGUCCCCACCGCUUUGCCAACCGCGUCAGGCUCUCCAAGCCGGGCUUCGCACCGGGACGAACACUGUCCCUCUUUGGACCCCACCUUUCUAGGAUGUGAAUGGUAAAAAAAAAAAAAUGUGAAUAUUUGUUGUUUACUUCAUUAGGCAUAAUUCAUAAUGAUGUGUUUAUAUGAAGAAUAUCACAGACUGAAGCAGAACCAUAUGCAAUUGGUUUACUUUAUUAUAAACUGUAUAUGAUGUACAAACUAAUAAAAACUGAAACGAC